AUGUUUUCGCAGUUGUUGCUAUCGUUCUGUGUAUUAAUAUCGUUAUACAUAGAUGCUGCUCCACCAAACCGCGACACGGUAGAUGAACUACAGAGUGUUGACAAACAACGACAGUGGGACCAGGAACAACAACGGAGGGAAGAGAUGCAGAAAGAAGAGAUAGCGAAAUAUGUGAAAUAUAUGAAGUAUCUGGAAACCGUGCUCAGUAUCUUGCAAGCGACACCGCAGUGGAAAGAAGCUAUGCAGAAUAUGACGCAAGAGGAAAUGCGGGGUGGCAAAAUAGCAGAAAUGGUCAACAAGUUAGAACCACAUAUUAUUGAACAACUAGCAAAAGCGAAGAUAUUGGAAUUACAACGUCUGGAGCAAGAAAUAAAGGAUCAGCUGGAUGCAGAUGGUGGUGCUACUGAUAAUAUCAAAAUACCGGAGCAUUUGGAUUUCAAUAACUGGGAAACAUUCAGCCAAGAGGACCUGCGCAAACUUGUCGUCAAAGUAGUAGCUGAUAUGGAUGAAUUGGAACAUUGGCGAAAACAAGACUUCAAACAAUAUGAAAUGAAAAAAAAAGCUGAAGAAGAUCAUAAAAUGGCACAAAUGAUUCAAACGGAACGAGAACAUUACAUACAGCAGAUGGAAGAACAGCGGCGUCUGCAUAAUAAGCAUAAGCCAUUGAAGCAUCCGGGAAGUCGUAAUCAAUUAAAAAAGGUUUGGGAAGAUACUGACAAGCUUGAUAAAGAUACAUACGAUCCAACAACACUUUUUGGUUUGCAUGAUAGAAAUGGUGAUGGUUACUGGAGUUAUGAUGAGUUGAAUACCAUCUUUUUACCAGAAAUCGAGAAACUUAAUAAUUUCUCUGACCUUGAAAGGCUUGAAGAGUUAUAUCGGAUGCGUGAUCAUGUUAUGAAACAGAUGGAUGCAGAUGGAGACCAUCGUAUUUCGCUAGCUGAAUUUCUUGCGGAUAGCGAGGCGCAAGAAGAAAAACCGGAUCAGGGUUGGGAAGAUAUUGGCGACAAAGAACAAUAUACCAAAGAAGAAUUAGAAAUAUUUAAAAAAGAAUAUGCAAAACAACAAGGAUGGGGUGAGUACGCCUACUCGACACCUGCACCCACGCCUAAUCCUAGUCGAAUGGAACAACCUUACCAAAUACCAGUCGACUCACUUGAUAAUACGGACAUAAAACAACACCACCAAAUGGUACAACAUGUGGAGCCUAUUCAACCUAUGCAACAGCAUCAAAUCGAUGAUGAGCAGCUGAUACAACAGCACGUUGACAGAACUUAUGGUGUUUAA